AUGUCGCAUCCCUUGGUACUGGCAAACCCACAUCUACCUCCAGAACAGAUGUUCUCACUACAAGUGGGCACCAAACUGUUCCAAGUGUCUGGAUACUCGCUAAAUUCAGACUCCCCGAAUCUGUUCACCGAGUUUUUCAUGGAAAACAAAAAUGCCACGCUUUUCAUCGACCGGUCGCCGCAGGUUUUCAAACUCAUCAUGGACCAUCUCCAAGGCUACAGCGUAAAUAUCCAAGACGAAAGCCAAUUCACAUUUUGUUUCUUGGACGCGGUGUAUUUCAAACUCCCACGACUUCAGGACUUGCUGAAAAACUGCGAGUAUUACUACGUAUGUGUAGGCGGACAACACUUCAAAUUGGCCAAAGCGUUGCUGUCUCAAAAGGGCAAUUCGCUCAACUACUUCGACAUGACGUGCCGGUCGCUAUUUGACGAUGUGCAGGCCGUGUACUUCACGAUGAACCUGGCCCGGCCACCUCCCCAAUCUCCGCCCUACGUCAACCGGUCUCCGGCUUUUCUCGCCGAUCUCAUUACGCUUUUGCAAGGUGGCAUGCUGGACUUGACGCCCGAAAGGCGCCAGUCGCUCAUCCAAGAGUGUCGUUACUACCGGUUUCUGCGGCUCGAACAACAGCUGGUCGCCGCUCAAAUACGCUGGAACCCGCUGCUCCAAACUGAAGAAAUCAUCAUUAAUCUCAAGGACGUUCGUUGCAAGUCCGUUUCCGUCCCCACAGACGACCAGCUGCCGUCCGAAGAGCCACCGGCCUCCAAGAAACGACGUUUGGUGUCCGCUUUCAGUUGGAACGCAGUUCAAUACAGACGACCUUACUUGGACUCCGAGCUGCCCCAGGCACGCGAACUGAUCUUCCAAAUUGCCUCGUCUGAGGUAACCCUGUUUUUUAUCAAAAACGCCAAAACCAUCCAUGUAGCCAUCUCGGGUCAGACAUUGACAAGAUUUAGAUCCGUGUUCCAAAAAGUGUUGGCCGAGAACAAUAUCGAUUUGAAUGCCUACGAAAGACAAAACUCGCUGCUGGUUUUGCCCGCAUGUCUAUCCUUGUGCUCCAUGCAUGUGAACAGCGUGCCAUGCAGAAACGUUUCCGCUGUCGUUGACGAGAUGCAGUUCAACGAACAAGUGCUUGAUUUCAAUAACCCUAAUCACAUAAAUCAGUUAGUGCCAGGUCUCAAGCUGGACUUGACCAAGUCGCUCUGGAAGCUCGGUGUAGUCGACAAAAAGCUACUCAUGAUAGCCAUCAAAGCGGAAGCGGUGUCAGGCCUGAAGGAAUACUACAGGGCUCUUGAUUAUGUAUAA